AUGCUAACUGGAGAGGAUACUCGACAAACUGUACAGAUGGUACAGCAUCUGGCCUGUACAUGUGGCUGUACAAUACAGCCAUCUGACUGUACACAACUUCAGGAUUAUGUCGCAGAAGAUUGUAAGUGUACAUGUAAACGCAGAGAAGUAUGUUCACCUGAUAAAAUCUGGGAUUCCAGUAAAUGUAAGUGUACAUGCAUACAGCAGGAAGGAGAAUGUACUACUGGGUUGUUUUACAGUACAUCAUCAUGCAGAAAUCCUGACUCGUACUGGAAAUCAAGAAGAGAAGAGCUAGAACAACAAGACAUUAAUUAAAAUAAGAUUAAACUGCAAAUAUCUAUUUUUUCCAAAUAAAUAUCUACACAUAAUAAAAGGAAUAUUAUAAGGAUA